GUCGUGGGAAUCUGGCUGAAGAUAUUGUCUUGCAUUCGACUAAGCUUUGAUCAUCGUCUAAACUAAAUAGCAACUACAUAAUUAUCAUCAGUAAUUAUGGUUGGUGAACCUAAUACGAAUACGGCUGCUUCUCAGCCAACAGAAACAUGGGAAAAGUCUCGCCAUCCUUUUGCCCAAGUUUUUGUUAGUGGUAAAUACGCCGAUGCUGUCUUGCGAGUACGCAAUCUAGUCGAAACAACAUAUGUGUUUGAUGUUCCUGUUCAUCGAGUCAUUCUGGCAUCAGGCAGUCCUUACAUGGAUAACUUAUUUUCUCAACCACCAGAAGACCAAACAACACUUCAUGGUGUUGGAAAAUCAAGACAACCUCAGAUUUGUGGAGUUUGGUCAGUUGCUGUUCACUCUGACUCUGCCAUGCAUGUGUUUCUUCAAUGGAUGUAUUUCGGCACUGCCAUUCAUACCAAGGAGUCAUGCUGGGGUGUUCUCGCUCUUUCUCGUCAUAUGUAUGUUCCAGAUUUGGAAGAACAUGUUGGCAAAUGGAUUUCAGACAACCUUCUUGCACGUACUCUCGGUGAGCCUAGACCUACAUCUGAAUGGUACGAAUACAUUCUUGGCGCUCUCCAUGCACGGGUCACUCAAAAUGUUGUAGAUAAUCUCAUUGAAGCUGCUGUGAUAGACGAUCAAAUACUUUCUCCCACUCCUUUUGGGAUUCCUCAAACAUUCCAUCGCUAUACUAUACUAAGGAAUCUGGUACGUGCUGCUGAAAUCAAGGGAACCCCACUUACCUCAAAGCAGGUUCGCUACAUGUUCAAAACUAUUGAUUAUAAAAAGUGGCCGCGAGAUCAAUUGCAGCAAGCAUAUAUGGAUGGAUUGCUUCCUCGCGAUAAGAUUUGUACAGCAUUAUCAACAAGUGAGCCAAAUCCAUCUGAAUUUACAUCCAAGGUGGCAGACAUCACACCCACAGACCUGCAAGUUCCAACUGUUUCUGCAACCAAUCUUCCCAAACCAGACGUUGAACAAAGCCAUGUACUUGACCAUGAAAGCGAUAUGCAAACCAUCAAACCAAGCACCGUCAAAUUGGCACGUAAAUCUAUUAUAAACUUUCACUCGGAUGUCAAAGAUUUACAAAAAUCCACUCUUCCUACAGAACCAGCUCCUGAUUCUAUACAAAAAACUGUUGAUAAUGUAGCAUCUAUUGAUACUGUUCCAUCGUUACUUCCCGGUGCUUAUCCUAAUCCGACCUGUAAUCAUUCUUCCAAGAUGGAUUCCGUACGUGCUGAUACAGAACUCCCAUCUCACUCUACACGAGCGAUUAUGAAUACGUUUGAUGAACAAAAGGAAAAUGCAGAAUUUACCGGUUUAAAUUUGAACAAAUCAAGUUUGUCAGUAGAAUCCGCGUCGACGUACAAUCAGCACACAUCACCUUCAAACAUAGAGAUUUCAAACCAAGUCAAUACCGAUUCUCUUGCAUAUAGCGAGAGUCUGAUACGUGAAACACCAGAGCAAUGCUUGAAUGAUAUACGACUUCAGCUAGAUAUUAUGUUUGCUAAUGAGCCUACCAUUUCCACCGAUUCAUACUCAAGCGACAUUUCUAACCAAGCAGUUGUACCCAUUAAUGGCACGCUUAUCAAGUCUCCGUUGGUACAAAAAUCUGUUCAACGGACUUGGGGAUCGAAAAUUCUGCGUAAUAUAACAGCAAAUCCUUUGAGUUUUUCCACGGGGUUUGACAGUCAUACAAAUGCUUCUACAUCACCUAUUCCUUUAGCUAUUCAUGAUGUUAGAUCGCUACAUCCACUUACUGUACUGGCUGCAGAGGUCAAGGCAUUGCAUAAUACUGUUCAAAACACAUUGGUAUCUCCUCACAAUUCCAUCACAAAACAAAAAGACGGUGGUUUGAAUGCCACGAUGCACCUUGUAAAAACGGACCCUUUUGGUCAUGGUCUUAGUAAGCCAAGAGACCGAUCAAAAACCGAUCCUUCUGAUUUUGUAUCCAAUCAAGCCAAUCAUAAUAGUGCCAUUGGAGACAGCAAACACUUUUUAAAAAAGCCACAUUUUACUCGAGCGUUGGGAGAAAAUGAACAUAGUGUAGCCAAAAGCGACUUGUCUGCAUCUAUACGCCAAACUGAACAGAUUUUAAAAAAACACGGACUUAUGCUUGAACCUCGGCGACUGGACAUUGGCAACGGUAAUUUCAAGACUUGGAAAGAUAAAGAGUCACGCAUGGGAGUAUUGUCAUCAACGGACACGUUAGUCAAUGAGGAGGAUACAGAAACACCUACUAGAGCACGCGAAGUCAAGGCUGGACAGCAUACUACGGGCAUUGUUUCUCCCUUGAAUAGCCGGCAAUUGUCAUCUGCUUAUCCAUUCCCACUACCACCUUCCAUCAACGUUGGUAACAACUCUACUCUACGUGGUAUAUCUGCACGACAGGGAAGAGGUGCUCUUCCCAACCCACCCAAACCAACCGACGUUCAAUCAGAACAGUCAAAACGACGCAGUCUUAAUCCAACAUUUUUGAUGGAAUCAGCAACUGAUUCUUUAACUAUGCCACACGGACUAUCGAAUAAGCAACUGGAUUCCAAUGCACUUUUUUUGCCACGCCGAAGUAUGUUUGGAAUGAAGCAUCCAAAACAAUUACAGAACGAUGCAUCGUCGUCGCGAAGUAAAUCAGUAGAUGUCAGAUUUUCUCUGCCUCCACCAGAAGCCUCCUCAUUGUUUAUGGACAAUAGUCUUGACGAUAUCCAAGCCCACGAGUCUAAAAGGCAAGAUUAUCAGCAUAAUGGAACGUUUAAAAUGCUGAAACUCAAGCAUGCUAGUUUUGUUCCACCCGGCCUGCCCGUUCCAGAUUCACAAGUCAUGCCACCAAAGACUUUAAAAGAACACAUGGAUGACGAAGCCAACCCGAGCAUGUCUAGCGAUGAUUCAUAUCAGUUGGCGUUUCCAUUAUCUAAAUCAGCGACCAUGACAAAACAACCCUCUCAAAUGGAUCCACCUCAUCGUGGGUUAAAAAAACAAUGGGCAAAAUCCACCACUUUUUUAAAGCAAGACAUCAGAAAGAAACAAUCGUUGAUGAACAUGCUCAAAAAUUUUGUAUGACAUUAAUAUCUCGAGAUUCAUAUUGAGAUGUACUGCAUUUCUGGCUGUCGUUAAUAAAUAACAUGUUUUUGUUUGC